GCUGUUGAAGCAGCCACAGUUUCCAACCUCGCAGACAUUCUUGGAGGGCUUGCAAGUUGCAUUCCUGUUUCGCUUUUACCUAGGAUUUUAGCAUCUCAAGGAGCAGUUGACCCCAUUAGCGUCUUUGUGUUGCGCACCACCACCAGCUUAAGACACAAUGCAGAGUGCGGCGCUGCGCUCCUCGGCUGCCCUCUCUGGGCAGUGCCAAGCGAUCCUUGCUUCCCGCUCUUUUCGAGCGGCCCGGCCCCCACUAUGCGCCUUUCCCGCAAACCCAAGGGCAGCCGCCCAAAUGCCCACUCAUCGAUUUGAAGAGCCUAGCACCUCAGCUUCAGUUUUCAGCACGGCGUUUGACGGCCAUCGAUCGCCUGUGAGUGAGUGGGGGGUAAAUGUGGCUGGGGGUUUGCAUAACCAGACAAGGGUUAAGAGAAGUGUGGCGACGGCGGCGCAGGCGACGAGUGUGGCGGCCCCGGCAGCGGGGUCAGAGCAAGGGGCUAUGGAGAAGCGCGUUUCAAGUUGGAGUUGGACCUUCAAGAACCAGCCCUUCAACAUUUACAUUGAGGAGUGGGGCCCGAGCGAUUCAGAAGAAGCCGUCCUUUUCCUGCCCGCCCUGUCUGAUGUCAGCACGACUGAUGAGUUCCGGAAGGUCGCGGAGGCGGUGGCGGGCUCUGGCAGGCGAGCGGUGGCGCUCGAUUGGCCGGGAUUUGGGCUGUCCGGGCGGCCACAGAUGGAGUACUCAUCAGACUUGUUGGUUAAGUUCAUCGGUGACUUCGUAUCCGCUUCCAACGGCCCCCUCGCUAAGAGCCAGACCGUGAGCAUCGUUGGAGCAGGGCACUCCCCCUCCCUAGUUGUCAAGGCCAUCAAGCAGGGCCUGCUCUCUGCCAAGGCGCUAAUCGCAGUGGCGCCUACAUGGGCGGGACCACUGCCCAUUGUGUUUGGUCGGGAGCCCAAGGUUCAGAACAGGUACAACAUUUUGCGGACGGUGUUGCGGUCCCCCGGUCUCGGCUGGGCCCUGUACAAGUUCGUACUGUCCAGCCCUAAGAACAUCCGCAACCAGUACCGGACGCACGUCUACUCCAGCAAGGACAAUAUUACGGACGACCUCAUUAACAUUCGGACGGAGCUCACGCAGCGUGAGGGGGCGCGCUUUGCGCCAGCGGCGUUUGUCACGGGCGAUCUCGACCCGUAUCUGACGCGGGACGAGUUGCUUAGCGACAUUGCGAGCCUGGACAGCAAGGUGCCGCUCUUCGUGUUGAAGUCGAUCCAGAGCCCCAAGCGAUCCAAGGCCGAAAUGGACGCCCUCAAGGGAGUCAAGGGCGUCGCCGAAUACGGUGACGUUCCAGGGGCGUUGCUGCCGCACGAGGAGUUUCCGCAAGAAGUGGCGACGAAAGUUCUGGGUUUUCUUGACGGGUUGAAGAAGUAAGAGAGGGGUUGUGAUCGUUUCUAUACCAGAAAUCGGGAGUUGCAGACCCGCUUUUAGGUGGGUUGCAAUUCAGGUGGGCUAUCAUCAGCAGGACCCUUCCUGCUGCGAGUAUGUACAAAGUUGACACUAUCGAAUCGCUUUUUCGUGUUUAUCGUGGACAAAGCACGACUUGAUUGGCGGCGCAGCUUGUUUAGCGCUAGCAUCUGAAGGCACCCACUGCAUUGGUCUUGUGGUGGAGAGUUCGCAAGAUUUGUGAGCACGUGUUUGACAUUCAUUGGAAUGCGACCGGAUCGGAUCUUACAGCUAGAACUUAGGAUGCAAGAAAAUUACUUGCAUUCUUGACAGAUUUGCACUUCGACAUAUAU